GUGAGGUGGGAGGGAUGGGGGGUGAUCCGGGAAGAGAGGUGUUGAUUUGUGCUGCAGGCUGCUCCGUGCUCCUGGCAAAGAUGGAUUAUGCCAAAUCCCUGAGCCAGCGCCUGGCUGCCCCCGUCUCCAGAUGUGUCUCAGCAAGUGCCUCCAUGACCCAGCAGCUCCUGGCAAGCCCGGCCCCGCCGCCCCGGCCCUUCCGUGUGUGCAACUGGGACCGGAGCCUGCGCAAGGGUAUCAUGGCCUCGAGCCUUGCUGAGCUGGUCAAGCAGGCUCAGAGUGCCUUGGCCAUGCCGGGUCCCAUCUCGCUGGUGCUGGAUGAGGAUGGAACUGUGGUGGAGACAGAGUCGUUCUUCCGGACGCUGGAGGAGGGCACGGUGCUGAUGGCCCUGAGCAAGGGGCAGAGCUGGGCUGCCCCCAAGACUCCUGGCUACCAGCUGGGCCUGUCCCGCAAGCCCCCUCGGAAGAUCGAUGUUGCCUGUGUCACCUUUGACUUGUACAAGACCCACCCGAGGGACCCAGGCUGCCUCAACGUCAAAGCCACCCUCUAUGGCACCUACAGCGUGUCCUACGACCUGCAGUGCUACGGUGCCCGGCGCCUCAUGAAGGAAGCUCUGCGCUGGACACUGUUCACCAUGCAGGCCACAGGCCAUGCCCUGCUCGGCACCUCCUGCUACAUGCAGCAGCUCCUGGAUGCCACCGAGGAGCAGAAGGAAGGGGAGAAUAGCCUGGCACUGCCCAACCUCCUGCCCCGCAGCCUCCCAGCCCUGCCCUCCAGCCUCCCAGCCCUGCCCCGCAGGAAGAUGCUGCAGUGAGGGCUGGGUGUCCUGUCCCCCAUCCCACUAGGUCAAUGCCUGGGGCGGUGCCCACCAUAAUCUCUCCUUGCACUCCGCUGGCUGAGCGGGGCCAGAUCUGCUCUGGAAUAGCUGCUGCUCUGUAAAUAUAUUUAUUUAAAUAAAGUUUUCCUGAAUUCA